AUGGCUCAAUGCUCCCUGCCAUCCACUGUGGCUACGCCACUGCCAUUUCCCAUACAAUCGAAUUGUGGACAUUUACCGUUUUUGAAGAACACGGUUCAACAAAAAGAUAUUAAUUCUAUUGCAAUUAUUGGUGGUGGUCUUGGUGGUCUUUGUCUUGGACAAUUAUUAAAAAAAUCAUCAUCAAAUCUAAAUGUAACUAUCUAUGAACGUGAUUUAGAAGAAGAUGGACGUGAACAAGGUUAUUUAAUUGGUUUAAAUCAAAUGGGCUUGGAUGUUUUAAAAAGAAUUGAUCAUGAAAAUAAUUUAAAUAUAAAUUCGAUAUUUAAUAAUACAAUAUCAUCUUUUACAAUUGUUGAUAAGUAUUUAAAUAAAUUAUUUCGUGUAGGUGGUGAUGGAAAACAUUCAAUAAAACUUGUUGAUCGUUGGCAAUUACGUAAAACAUUAAGUAAAAAUUUAAAUAUAAAAUGGAAUAAACGCUUUUUAUCAUAUGAAGAAAUAAACAAUAGUAUACUUGUUUAUUUUGAUGAUGGUACAAUGAUUCAAACAGAUAUAUUAAUCGGUUGUGAUGGUGCAAAGUCACGUCUACGUAAACAAUAUUGUCCACAAUUAAAAAAUGAAGAUGUGUGUGUAAGAUGGAUUGGUGGUAUAACAACACAACCAUUAAAUAAAGAAGAUUCUAAAUUAAUACAAUUAAUGGAUAAUAGUGGAUUAAGAAUAUGUGGAGAAAAUGGACAUUCUCUUUUAGCAUUUAUAUUUCGAAGUCAUAAAACACCAACGAUUGAAAAUGUUUUAUGGAGUUUAUCGUGGCCAACAGAAGUAAAUGAUCCUAAUUCGGAUAAUGAUAAUAAAACAUAUUGUUUAGCUAAAGUUCAAAAUUAUUUUAAACAUCCAGAAUUUAAUGAAUUAAUUGAAAAUACACAAACAUUUUUGGGACCAAAAAAUGUUUAUUCAAGUCAACCGUUGAAAAAAAAUCCAUUUUUACUAUCAACUAGUAAAACAGGUAGAAUAACAAUGCUAGGUGAUGCGGCACAUCCAAUGACAACACAUGCUGGUAUGGGUGCAAAUACAGCAUUUGCUGAUGCGCAAGAUCUUGCUGACGCACUCAUCACAAUAACGGAAGCAAAUUUAUCAAACUCAAUUGAAAUAUAUGAAGAAAAAAUGUUUAAACGUGGUUUUAAUGCUGUUAAACAGUCAUUACAAAGUACUCGUGUGAUACAUAUGAGAGAUUUUAUCACAAAUAUUCGUGAUGAAAAAGUGUUUCUUGUUAUUUCGAGUUCUUUUGGUGAACAAAUUAUGCCGCUUAUUCAUGAUUUACCCCAACUGAAUUCAGUCUAUGUUUUUUGUGCUGAUAGAUGCAAACAUGAACAAUGGUGUGGGCAAUUUGGAAAAAUACGCAGUGUUUUCACGGAUAUUCAAAGCGUCUGCGAUACACUAAAACAAGAUACAGCUGUGCUUUCGCAUAAUCUUAUAACAAUUACAAUGCUUCCUCCAACUCACGAUGUUGCGGUCAAAGUUUCAAAUAAACAAGAAGCACUAUUUAUGUAUUCGACGUUAGUUAAUGAAAUUCUUGUACAAAUGAAAUAUUCUGUAGAUGUUAAAAAAGAGAUGAUUGCAUUUUGUCGUUCACAAUAUGUCGAUAAUGCAUAUGAAUUAAAAAUCAUUGAUGCAGAAUUAUAA